GCAGGGGGCGCAGGCGCACACCGCCUCCCGGGCAGCAUGGCGGACGCAGCUCCUCAACUCGGCAAGAGAAAGCGCGAAUUGGACGUGGAGGAGGCCCACGCUGCCAGCACAGAGGAAAAGGAGUCAGGAGUUGGAAAUGGUACCCGUGCUUCUGUCCGCUUGCCGUUCUCCGGCUUCAGACUGCAAAAAGUGCUGAGGGAGUCUGCGCGGGACAAAAUCAUUUUCCUACACGGGAAGGUGAAUGAGGCCUCUGGGGAUGGGGAUGGAGAGGAUGCCGUUGUGAUCCUGGAGAAGACACCAUUUCAGGUGGAACAGGUGGCUCAGCUCCUGACGGGCAGCCCUGAGCUCCAGUUGCAAUUCUCCAAUGAUAUCUACAGCACCUAUCACUUGUUCCCUCCAAGACAACUGAAUGAUGUAAAGACGACCGUGGUUUACCCUGCCACAGAGAAACACCUGCAGAAGUACCUGCGCCAGGACCUCCGCCUGAUCCGAGAGACAGGAGAUGACUACAGGAACAUUACUUUACCCCACCUGGAGUCCCAGAGCCUCAGCAUCCAGUGGGUGUAUAACAUUCUCGACAAGAAGGCUGAAGCAGACCGGAUUGUUUUCGAGAACCCAGAUCCCUCUGAUGGUUUUGUCCUCAUCCCUGACCUCAAGUGGAACCAACAGCAGCUCGAUGACCUAUACUUGAUCGCCAUCUGCCAUCGCCGGGGCAUCAGAUCCCUACGCGACCUUACCCCGGAGCACCUGCCGCUGCUCAGGAACAUCCUCCACCAGGGGCAGGAGGCCAUCCUGCAGCGCUACCGGGUGAAGGGAGACCAUCUGCGCAUCUACCUGCACUACCUGCCCUCCUAUUACCACCUGCACGUGCACUUCACCGCCCUGGGCUUCGAGGCCCCCGGCUCGGGCGUGGAGCGGGCCCACCUGCUGGCUGAGGUGAUCGAGAACCUGGAGUGUGACCCCAGGCACUACCAGCAGCGCACGCUCACCUUCGCCCUCAGGGCUGACGACCCCCUGCUCAAGCUCUUGCAGGAGGCUCAGCAAAGCUGAAUUAACUCAGGCAGAAGAGCACAGAUGUGUAGGAUUGGGGGAGGAGUGGGGACAAGAUUUUUUAUCUCCAAGUGAAUUUUCUAAAAAUGUAUUUUGUACCGGCUUAUUCCUAGUAGUGAAUAAACUAGCGGGCUCACUCA